GGCGUGAUACCACUGUUUGCUUACAUAACCUAGUUUAGUCCGUAUACUAGGUGUACAAGAGGUUCGAGGUAGCAGGAAGAUCAGUCAGGACGUUCAGGUGAAAAGCUAACCAAAGAUGGCAGACUCUCAACCUAAACCAAGAUACACUCCUGGUGUAGUGAAGGAGGAAGAUAUAGUGCGAAUCCCGGACAUGAAAGGGAAUGUAAAGGAGGUGAUGGAAGUCGAAGGUAUGGUGGUCCCUUGUGAUGUCAUCAGGAGUGGACACGUCCCCGAUAUGAGGGAGAACGUGAAGAAAAUCCGAGAUAUGAAAUGUCGGGAUGACGACAUCUUCCUAUGUGCUUACAUGAGAUCAGGUACACAUUGGGUAUGGGAAAUCACCAAUAUGCUGACAACAGGAAAGCUCGAUUAUCUAACACGCCCGAAGGAGUCUGCUAUGAUGGAAUUCCAUUACCCUGAGGAGUUUGACGAAAUGCCAUCACGAAGAAUCCUAAAUACUCACUUUCCGCUCCGACUGCUGCCAACAGAAGUCAAAGAGAAAAAACUAAAAGUCAUUUUUGUCCAAAGAAACCCUAAGGAUGUUACUGUCUCAUCUUACCAUUUUUUACAGAAAGGCAAACUAAUGCCAUUUAAAGGAACAUUCGAAGAAUUUUUUAUGUUGUUUACAACAUUAGGGUUAAUGGUAAGCUGGUUUGACUACACCCUUGAAGCGGAGAAAGCUAUUAAAGAUAAGGAACUGGAUAUCCAUUUAAUCUACUACGAGGAACUGAAGAAGAACCCAGUCGCAACCAUAAAACGUCUCUCAGAAUUCCUCGGUACUGAUUGUGACGAUGCAUACAUUACGAAAGUAGCGGAAAUGUGCAGUUUCAAAGGAAUGAAGAAAGCAAAUGAAGAAGUUAAAGACAUUGAGAAGUUCCUGUUUGAGAAGGACAUUAUGAAGGGUCAUUAUCGAAAAGGUGAGAUCGGAGACUGGAAGAACAUGAUGACCGUGGCACAGAGUGAACAAUUUGACGAAAUAUUCGCUGACAAGAUGAAAGACUGUUCAUUCAAGUUUGACUUUUUAAAGUAAAUCAAAGAACUGCAAUCGAAUCCAUUCACGGCAUUUAAAGAACUGACAGUUUACUACCAAGAACCAUUUAAACAACGUUAUACCCCUACCUGCAUAUCAGAACCUACCCAACAUUUGGAGUUAACCUGAACCGCAAAAUGUGAUAACUAACAUUUCUUUCUUCGGAAUAAUUUGUUAUGGACUGUCGAUGAUGACUACUGAUGUUGAAAUAUCGAUAGAAAAUAUUUCUAGAUUGCAUUAUAGACGUAUCAAGUAGCGGAGUUAGAAAUUGUGAUGAAGACAUCAGAACAAUGAUUACGAAAUGAACAAAAUAAGGGAACAUUUUCCUCCUCUAUAAUCUAUAAUUUCUCUAAAUGCAGUAAAUUCCCUAUUGUAUUAAUUGAUGGUCAUAUAAUGUAGCCUAAUGUUUUUGCUAUUACUCAGGCCAAAUAUUUGCCAAACACUAAUUUCAUACCGUGUUUUGCGUUAUAAAUUAGAAUGAAGAGAAAUGGAAGUUAUUGAAUCUUCCUUCAAAAUAUAUUCAAUCUGAAAAUACUCAUGAAUUAUCAGUUUAUUUAUAAUGAUAUUCACAAAAUUACAUUUACAAGAAUAAUCAAAUCACUAGAAAGAAGUUCCCGAACAAAUUGAUGCAAUGUUUAUUGACAAUAACUUCAACUGGAAUAUAUAUCAUUUCAUUUGUAUAUGUAUGACAUAAAACUUGCAAAAAUAUUGAAGUUUGA